CGUGUGUCGCACAUUGCUGACGCUUCUUUCCAUUCGCCGCAUCCCUGAAAACAAACCCCUGCUUCUCUUUAUACUUGAAAUAAAAUGCGGUGAUUCUAUCGCAGCGUUAAAAGCGAAUAGCCGCGGGAUAGACGGGCGGGCAGAGGGAGGGAUGGAGGCCGGAUUAUUCGUCUUGUACGCGGAGAAGAGUCCUGUGAUAGCGGCACCAUGAUCCCCGUGUCCCUGCUGGUGUUUGUGAUGGGAGGCUGGUGUGCUGUCUACCUGGCUGACACACUGCUCAGGUCGUCAUCAACACACCGGAUCAGCUACGAGUCAUGGCUCGCCAGUCGAGGGCUGAUGUUGUCUCCUUUCCACGUGAGAUGGCAGACCACCGUGUUCAACCGACUGUUCGCAUAUUGUGCCCGGAUCAACCCCCGGGCCCUCUACCUGUGGUUCAACGGUGGUCUGGUGUUUGGCAUCGCCGCCAUGGUGGGGUCGGUGGUGCUGCUGGUGAAGACGCUACAGCAGACCUUUGCUCAGAUGACCACGGACAACCCUCGCAUGGGAGGCCAGCAGACGCUGCAGGUGGUGGUCCCUGGUGUCAAUCUGCCGACCAGUCAGAUGGCCUACUUCUUCAUCGCCCUGCUGCUCAGCGGAGUCAUUCACGAGCUCGGCCACGCGGUGGCAGCACUGAGGGAACAAGUGCGGGUGAACGGCUUCGGGAUGUUCGUGUUCGUGGUGUAUCCCGGCGCCUUCGUGGACCUCUUCACCACGCACCUCAACCUCAUAUCGCCCACUCAGCAGCUGCGCAUCUUCUGCGCCGGCGUUUGGCACAACUUUGUUCUGUGUGUGGCAGCGUUAGCGUUCCUCUUCCUGUUGCCUCUCUUCCUGUUCCCCGUGUACUCCACCGGAGGGGGGGCGCUGGUCACCGAGGUGGUGCAGGGCUCUGCAGCUGACGGUCCCAGGGGUCUGUCAGUCGGGGACAUCGUGACGGGGCUGGAGGACUGUCCCGUCAGGGGAGUUGAGGACUGGACCAGCUGCCUGUCUCACCUCUCUCACACCCCGCAGACUGGAUACUGCGUCCCUGUCGCCAGCCUGCAGCCCAGCUGGGCUCACGGACGAGCGUACAAGCGCUUGGAUGGAACGAUGGACUGCUGCAGCAACAACAGCCUGACCGACCUCUGCUUCUCUUACUUUAAACCACAGAGCAGGAACAAAGAGAGAGAGUACGCCUGUAUGCCGGUGCGUAAGAUGGUGACGGGGACGCAAGCGUGUCGCAGCGACGUCGACUGCCCCGCUCACUCCCAAGGCGCCAGCAUUUGCGUCACUCCCUCUCUGGAGAACCAGACUCGCUUCAUCCGUGUCACACACACUCCGAACACACACAUGCUGUUCGUCGGAUAUCCGCCGCACCUGCAGUACGCCGUGAGUCUGACCAACUUCGUGCCCCGUUUUGGUUUCCUCCACCUGGAUCUGCCCGUUUUCCUGGAGACCUUCUGCAAAUACGUAGUGUCCCUUUCUGGCGCGUUAGCGGUGGUCAACUCGGUGCCGUGCUUCGCCCUCGACGGUCAGUGGAUGCUGAACGCCCUGCUGGAGGCCACGCUGGUCACCGUGGUAACGGACCGUCAAAAACGCGAGCUGAUCGGCUUCUUCCUGCUGCUGGCGGGCAGCGCCCUGCUGGCAGCCAACGUGGCGCUGGGCCUGUGGAUGGUCACGGCGCGGUAGCCGCAAGACACGAUUCAUGUGCCACGGAGACACCGUCGUCUCAGGAGACGUGUGGACCAUUAAACUGUGAACGCACAGGGAACUGUUGAGCAGGACGUUUUGCUCUGCCUUUAAGCCCUCACCGGACGCCCAGGAAAACACAAGCAACUUUCCUCCACCUGGUUGCCGCCAUAUAUCCUAAAGCACAUGCCAUGAAGCCCUGUCGUAUGUGACUGUUUACAAAGACUGCACACGUUUUAAUAUCUGGUAAUGUGGUUGUGUUUUAAAGUCGGAGUGAAAAACAUUUUUGUUUGACCAAAUGAAUUCAAGCCAUUUUUGGAUAAAAAGAAAUUUCAAAGCCUUCGUAAGCUUGAUUUUAUCAGUGAAUGCAUGGCAUUAUCUUCGAGUCCUUUUUCACUGUUGGGGAAACAUAAACUACCUAAAAGUUAUUUAAUGGCCUCCGAGGACGUGUUUUAAAGAUGGUCAUGCCACACAUAUUUUCAGUCAAAUCAAGUAUCUUUUUCUUCCUCAGGCGUUACAGCAAGAUGUUUUUUCUUCCUUUAUCAACUCCUUUCUGCCUUUUCUGUGAUUUUUACGUUUCUCUUGACCUCUCACUGUCUAUGAUCCGGUUGUAAAAGUUGAUCUGUCAGAGUUGUGAAAUAAAGGACUGAUUUGUAUUGA